CAACCACCACCGUGGUGUCUAUCACCGCCACUACACACUUCCCCAUAAAACUCACCACAUCUAAUUUUCCGGUGUGGAAAUGUCAAGUUCACUCUGCCCUUGUCGGCCUUGGUCUCGAUGCAUACGUUGAUGGAACUUUUCAAAUCCCAGAACAAUUCAUUGAUGAUGCCAAAACCCAAAUCAACCCAUGUUAUACGACAUGGUUUCGUCAAGACAAAACCAUUCUCAGUGCCUUACUCAGAAGCUGCUCCGACACUAUCCAGCAUGUCAUCUCCUCGGCCACAUCUGCUCGUCACGCCUGGGAAAAACUCUCUCUCACAUAUGCCAGUACUUCUCGUGGACGAAUCAUUUCUCUCAAGUCCACAAUUGCCCGUACCACAAAAGGCUCUAAAACUAUCCAAGCCUACCUUACCGAAAUGUAUGCCCUCUCUGAAGCCCUAGCUCUAGCUCAAAAUCCACUAUCUGAGGAAGACCUCGUCAUCAACAUACUCAACGGGCUUGGCACUGAAUAUAGUGACCUCACAUCUGCCAUUCGGGUUCGCACCACUCCCUUACCACUGGCCGAACUUCAGGAUAUUCUCCUGGAACGAGAAGAACGUCUCCAAGCAAGCAUGGAUCCUGCCAUGACCAAUGUGAUCCCCACGGCUAAUGCAACCCAAGCUGUUGAUCGCCAUUUCCAGAACAAUGAUCGUCGCACUUCACCUGGAGGAGACCGUAGUUCAUUCACGUCUCGUCGGGGGCGUGGCACUUAUCACGGCAACUCUUCUCGUCAACAAGGCAACCCCCUUGUUUGCCGUUUUUGUGAAAAUCUCGGCCACGAGGUUCGCCAGUGUCGUAAGCUCCAACGAUUUUUAAAGGAACAUUAUGUGCCACAUCCGGCACCUCCGGCUGUAAAUCAUACAGUCACGAACCCCCAAUCCAUGGAACAACCCUGGCUCUUUGAUAGUGGUGCCUCUCAUCACGUGACAACAAAUGCUGCAAAUUUACCAUCCUACACAGAUUAUGGCGGUCCUGAGGAAGUUCAUCUUGGCAAUGGAUCGAGCCACAGGGGUUCCAAUAAUGCGCGGGGAGAACAUUAAUGACGUUUACUAUGCACCAGUUUCUUGUUCACCUCAAGCUCAUGUCACACAAGUCUCAGUUUCAUCACCUUGGCAUCAUACAUUUGGUCAUCCAUCAAGUCGUGUUUUCUCUACUUUAAUUAAUCAAAAUAAGCACCUAUUGCCGUGCAAUGUUUCUAACGAUUCCAAAUGUACUUCCUGCUAUCUCAAUAAAAGUUCAAAAUUACCUUUCU